AUGACAGCGGUAGUUGAGAAGAUUUUGAUAAAAUGUUAUUACUCAACGACUGCUCCAUAUUUGAUUCAUAUAACUGAAAUGAUUAGAAAAAAUUCUGUUCUAUAUAUCAACAGAAAGCUUAUAUUAUAUGAUGAUGUUAACUAUGUUCAUGUUAAGUCUAUAUCUUUUUCUGAUAGUCAAAAGAAAGAAAUAGGUGAAGCUACUUCAGUAAAACCUCUAUGGGAAUCAGAAAAUUUAAAUGAAUUAAGUGAAACUAAUACUGUUAUACAAACAAUUGCAACAGUAUCAGACCUUACUAAAGAAGCAUUGACUAAUUUUACUGAAUUAGAUAUACCUUCUUCUACACCUGCUGAUCCCCAAGUGAAUAACUAUACAUGA